CUAUUCCAUCACCGAACAAACUAAAUUGAGGCCGUCUGUGACGUCCGUAUUUCUGGUUGCAGAAUGCAGCCGUCCCGGUGACCGAAUCCAACAACCCGCGAGUCGUGAAGGUAGACAACCACCGCAUCGGCUUCAUCGCUGAUCCACGAAGCCCAAGAUGGCUGUGAGACACAGUGCGGUCACUCACCUGCCAAAUCUCAUACGCACUCUCCGCAAGGGUUCCCCUAAGCCGCUCAACCACGCUUUACCCUCUCUUCGGCGCACUUUCUCUUUGUACGAUCAAAUCAAUCUUAUCAAUAAUGUUCCUGAAGACCAGCUUCGCUUCCAAGGGUACAAUGAUACAGGCUUUACUGUAAACAAGGUUGAAUAUGAAGGCAGCUUGCUUUGUGUUGGAAAUUUGCUUUUGUCUUGGAAACCGAAGAAGUUCUCGGAAAUCACUUCAGACAGCUUGUCAGUCUUUCAAAUUCUUCGCCCCAUUCCAGAGAUCUUAAUUCUUGGAUGUGGAAAGUACAUUCAGCAAGUGGAUCCUGAACUUCGACGCUUUGUUAGAUCUACUGGCAUGAAGUUAGAAGCUAUAGACUCGAGAAACGCAGCAUCAACUUACAAUAUAUUGAAUGAAGAAGGUCGUAUUGUUGCUGCAGCACUUCUUCCAUAUGGAGUUACUUCAUGAAGCCCUGGUUCUAUAGUUGAGAUUUACAUUGGACGAGGCAUCUAAUACUCAGGAAGAAGACGAGCUGGGUUUCUGAAAUUCUUACAUGAUUGGUUGCUUUCAAGUUAGAUCUCUUGUUUACGUUGACAAAUUGAGGCUACCUCAAGGAACGCACAGCUAGCUAUAUUGUGUGUUUUCACCAAGCAAUGCAUCACCUUUUUACUAAACUCUCAAUAAAGGAAUCCUCUUUCCCUUAAGAAGUCACUUGGACUUGGAACCACGUCCUUAUAAAUGCAGAGACGAAUCUAACCGA